AUGGCAACAAACCCUGAGCAUGCUGUUGCGUCCUGUAAAGUUAUCCUGGCUGGUAAUGUUGCGAAGGACCUACUGCAAGAAGUAGCCGAGGGCCGCAAAUAUCUUGAAAAGCCACCACACCUUGUUGGUUUUUUGGCGAACUCUGACCCAGCUGCUCGGAUGUAUGCCAACUGGACAGAAAAGACAUGUCAAGAAAACGGCUUCCGGUACACCCUCUGUGAAGUCCACCGCGAUGACAUUGAGGAUGCAAUUCUUGCGGCAAAUUUGGACAUUGAUGUGGACGGUAUUAUUGUCUACUACCCUAUCUUCAACAACAGGCAAGACCAGUACCUCCAGCAGAUAGUGGAUGUAUCCAAAGAUGUUGAAGGGUUAAGUCACAAGUAUAUCUUCAACAUGUAUCAAAAUAUAAGAUUCCUUGACCCCGAGCCAGGCCCUCAGCGUCGGAAGUCAAUUCUUCCAUGUACGCCACUCGCAGUCAUAAAAAUCCUUGAAUUUCUACGAAUCUAUAAUACAAUUCUACCCUAUGGAAACAGGUUAUUCGGACAUACGAUUUGUGUCAUAAAUCGAUCGGAAGUGGUGGGCCGACCACUUGCUGCUCUGCUUGCCAAUGAUGGCGCUUGUGUUUAUAGCGUGGACAUCACGGGUGUCCAACAGUUUACUCGAGGGGAGGGUAUUAAGAAUCGAAAACAUGAAGUUGUUGAUAUGGAUGGAUGGACAAUGAAAGACGCAGUCCCACAAUGUGAUGUUGUUAUAUCAGGAGUGCCUGGUGAUUUAUUUAAGUUUGACAUAGAGCUAUUAAGACCUGGAGCCGUUUGCAUAAAUUUUUCUAGUCAAAAGAAUUUUGGCCCAGAUGUAAAGGGAAAAGCCUCCAUAUAUGUUCCCGCCAUUGGAAAGGUGACCAUUGUUAUCCUUCUUCGCAACUUAUUGCGCCUUGUUCAAAACUCCAGGGCUGAGAUACACCUGGCAGAUGGGUUAAGAGACUAG